GGCGGUAAUGCGCCUCUUAAGCAACCGCCAUUUUAACUCCAGGAUAGAGGAUAAGAACAAGGUUUGGUCUCUGGAAUCGAUCGUACUAGACAGACGCAUUCUCCGUCGUUAGUUCUCAGCUCUUUGCUACCGUAUUUCAGUGGAAAUGUAGAACAACUAAAUCACAGUCGCUUUAUAUGUUCCUUUUUUUGGUCUUCAGUAAGUUACAGUAGCUGUUUGUUAGCGACAGGAGCACUGGGUGCGGCUCCAAAACAACAACCGAGAAGAUUUAAGUCUGUAACCUCGCAUGAAUAUUUUUACGACAUUUAUUAAAACGAACAGCAAUAUGAAGAACAUUUUUAUAAUCGUUACACUUGGAUGCGUUGUGUUUGGUGAUGCAGGUGAAGUGACGUCAGUGUCAGUGAUGGAGGGAGAUUCUGUCACUCUACACAUCAAUCUUGCUGAAAUAAAGCAAGAUGACAAAAUACAGUGGAAGUCUCCAUCCAACCAUCCUAUAGCUGAGAUUGACGAGAAGAAGAUAAUAUAUAAAGAACCUAAUGAAAGUUUCAGAGGCAGACUGGAACUAAAUAUUCAGACUGGAGAUCUCACCAUCAAGAACAUGAGAACUAAGUACGCUGGACCUUAUAAAGCAGUGAUCUCAAGAAAUAUUGAGACAUCAGUUAACUUCGAUGUAAAGGUCAACGAAUCUUCACAUGCUGACAGUGGUGGUACAGAUGAGGAGACGGUGCUGAAGACAAAAGGAGAAUCAGUGACUCUAAACACUGGUGUUCAAACACAGAGAGGUGAUCUGAUACUGUGGAGGUUUGGAGAUGAAGGUCUUCUCAUAGCUAAAGAUGAUAAAGACAAUAAGAGCUCAAUAUAUGAUGAUGAUGAGGGAUUCAGAGGCAGACUGAAGCUGGAUGAUCGGACCGGAUCUCUCACCAUCAGUGAUGUCAGAUCAUCAGAUUCUGGACUUUAUAAACUGAAGAUCAGCAGCAACCACAAACAGACAUUAUACAAGACCUUCAGUGUUUAUGUCAGUGAUGGUCUGUCUCCAGCUGCUAUAGCAGGAAUAGUUGUUUGUGUCCUGCUGGCUGCUGCUGCUGCUGCUGUUGUGAUUUACUAUCGACACUGCAUCUCUAAACCACUGGCAGUUCCAGUUGAAGUGUUCCAGGCAGAAGAUCUCACUCUACCUCCUGAUCCUAAAGACAUGCCGACGGCUGAUGAGGGAGAGUGGUUCUUUGGAGAUAAAGAGAUAAUAGCCAAAUUCAAUAAAAAGAACAACAAAUUCACUACAUAUGAUAAUGUUCUUGAUGAGAGAUUCAAAGACAAACUGAAGCUGAACAGACAGACUGGAUCUCUCACGAUCAGGAACAUCAAAACCAGACACUCUGGACUGUAUAAACUGAAGAUCAUCAGCGGAUCAGGACCAUCAUUCAUUCAUUAUAAUGUUAUUGUCAUGGCAAGGGACAAAUCUGUACAUUUGGGAGAUUCUGUUACUCUAAAGACUGGUGUUACUGACAUAAAGACCGCUGAUGAGAUACUGUGGACAUUUGGACCUGAAGACACUCGUAUCGCUCGAAUCACUGGAGGGAUCAAUGAGCCUUCAUAUUAUUACUACACUGAUGGGAGAUUCAGAGACAAACUGGAGAUGGACAAUCAGACUGGAGAUCUCAAGAUCGGAGACAUCAGAACUGAACACAUUGGAGUUUAUGAAGUACAGACCUACGUAAGAGGAGAAACUAGAUACAAGAAAUUCACGAUUAACACAUCUGACUCGGCAAAAAACAGACGAAAAGAAUCACCAAUUGAUAACCGAGGAAAUGAAUCACCAAAUGUUGACAAUCCUCUGUUGUGAAUGAUGCAAAUUCUGCUGUGUGGCCAGCUGAAUAGAUGCUCAACAUCACAAGCGUGUAGCAGCUGUUACAUCAUCUUCAUCUACAGUAACAAACCUACUUCACUGUUUUCAUGAUCCAUCAUGAACAAAUGAUCAGAAUGUGUUUAUCUUUUUAUUUUAUAUUUUAUAUCUGUUACUCGCUGCAUAGCAUAUUAUCAGUUUGACUCUCAUGUGUUUGAUAUUUUGUGACCGUAGACAGUAUUGAUUUAAUAUCUGAUUAUGAGAAAUAUCAGAUACACAUGAAGAUCUGUGUGAUCACCUGCAGUCUCUCUCCAACCUGUUAAUCUGUAUUUUAUUAUAUACAGAUUAUACAUAUACCUAUAUUAUAUGUUUUUUAUAUACAUAUUAUAUAAGAACUAACACCAAAAACAAGUUGAUGUUGAUGUUAAUCUGUGUUCAGAACAGAAAGCUGAGAUCUCAUGACAGCCUAUUGUUGUUCUCGUGAAGAUUUUAGAAGUUCAAGAAACAAUCAUUCACCAUCAGUGUGUGAAGCCUGUUCUGUGUUUUUAUUGUUGAAAUUCAUAUUAUUUUAGUCUUUUUUUAACAUUAUUAAUUGCUACAGUAGUAAAUUAGGCUUAAAUGUUUUUAUUACUCUCAUAUUGUGUAACUUGAAAAUGAAAAUCUGUUCUCUGAUCAGAUCUGAAUGUAAAAUU